CAGAAUUUCCGGGUCUCUUUCGGUAACAAAUCCUCCCCUGGUCGGAGUCGGAGUUGGAGUCGGUAGAUUUUUGCGCGACCCCACAGCCUGAUUUUAACUAGAAUGUACAAAUGCAAUAAAAGAUAAAAAUUUCAGAUAAUUUGCGGGAACAGUUCUUACGUUCAUAUGUUUAUCACACAACAACUGUUCACACUGUUGUCAAGUUUUAAAUUACAGUGAUCGAGAUGCUACUUUUAUUAUUAUUUUUUCAAUUGGCUUUCAGCACUUUAACUCCAGCUUUAAUUGUAAAACGUAAUCCCAGUGAUCCCGAUUUCGAAAAAUACUUGCAUGAAGUUUUAAAUAACUUUCGAAAUCAAAUGAAAGAAGGUAUUUCAGAAAUUAAAGUGCCUUCUUUAGAUCCAUUAAAACUCUACAACAUCAAAAUUAAUGUUAAUGAAAAAACUGCGAAUGUAAAACUGGAUUUUCAUCAGAUUAUAAUAUCCGGCUUGUCUGAAUUUCAGAUCCAUGAAUUAAAAGCUAGCUUAGAUAAACUUUACGUUAAUGUCCAUUUGCAAUUGCCUUAUUUAUUGGUGAAUGGAAAUUACAAUCUUAACGGUACUAUUAUGAAAAUUUUUCCUUUACGUGGAAAUGGAAAAUAUAAAAUUGAUGUAACCGAUGCUAAGUUAGAUGGAACUGGAAAAAUGAUUUUAGAUAAUGAUGGUCUCCGAUUUCAUCAAUUGAAACUUUAUUUAAAUUGGGGAAAGUUAAAGCUAGAUUUUGAAAAUUUAUUAGAUGGUGGUAGUUUCUCUAAGACAAUUCAGAAAGUAAUUCCUAUAAUAGGCAAAGGAUUAUUUGAUCAUUUUAAACCAGAAAUUACAGAUUUAAUUGAAAAAGCGCUUAUUAACGAAGUAAAUAAAGAAUUAAAGAAGCCGGAAGUUCGAGAAAUCAUCGAAGGUCUUAUUCCAACUGAUAAGUAACGAAACAGUAUUACUAUGAUCAUAUUUCCUGUGUUUACUUGAAAAUAAAUUUUAUUUUAUUAACAAAUCAAAAAUAAAAUUGUGUAAGUUAA